AUGAACCAGGAAGAUGUUUUGGAAAAGCUGAAGAAGGAUGUUCGCUCCUUGCUUAUUUCAUCUAAGAUGGGACUGGACCCUGAUCAGCUGAAACGGGACUACUUCAUCAUGCUGGGACAUCCAAUGCCCUUGAAACUUCUGGGCUUCAGAAGCGUUAUGGAUAUGGCUAGGGCCAUGCCAGAUGUGGUGUCCGUUAACACCAGGCCAGAUAGUACCCAAUACUUAAAAGCUGUUAGUGGAGAGUCUACUCGAAACAUCGAGGAGCUGGUGGCCAGACAGCGUAUAUCUAAAACAGGCAAGAAAGCCAGGAGAGGAGGUUUCAGCUACUUCUCCCCUCACUACCUUCAUUCCUCUCGGUCUUUGGUACUCCCCAGAAGAGGCUGUGCUCCCCCAUCCCUUCCAUCCCAGCUGAGGGCACAGCUCCGCCUUCUGCUCUCCAAGGGUCCACUUAGGGUGUCUGACCUAGAGGCCUUCUUCUUUCGCGCCUUCGGCCACCCGCUGCGUGUCCACAGCUAUGGCUUCUACUCCACUGGAGAGAUGCUGGAGGCAGCGGCGGACAUGAUCGUCAUCCAACAAAGCAGGCUUGGCUCAGUUUUGACCCUUAGGGAACACAUGGUCCCCAGGCCACUGCUUUGCCCCGCCAGCUCACCAGGGUUGUUCGUGUCCAUUAAUCCAGGAUCGCCUAGAAUUCACACACCAGCCUCCAGAGGGCCAAGAGUUGAAGUCCAGACAUCAACAAAACCUCCAGGUGUGUUUUUCAAAAGUUGGGUUUAUCUAGACAAUAAAUACAUCACAGACUUGCUGUUAUCUUUUGCAUUGAAAGGGAAAACUAUUUUGUGUAAAAUUAUCUAUUGUAAGCAGUUAUCUUUUUGUGUCUCUCUUUUUUGUCUUUUUUUUGAAAUUUUACAUCAGCUGGAGGAGGAGCUUCGUCAGCAAAUCCUGGAGAAUGGAGUUGCUGGCACCAUCAGUCAGGAGCUGAAGGAGAAGCUCCAAAAGGUGGUAAGGCAGAAGACUGGUGGAUUAACGGUUCACGAUCUGCCUGCUGAGUAUAAGAGGCUUUUUGAUGAGGACUUGCCACUGCUACAGAGCGGCUUUGUCAGCGUCACAGAACUUGUUGGUGCCCUGAGCGACAUUUUCCACCUCGAACCAGCAGGAGGUGACAGUGGACAUGACUGGAUAAUCAUGAACAUACAGGACAGUAACAAUACACAGCCAGAAUCAAAAGAGAUUGAGAAUUUUAUUGAUGGUGCAAAACUGCCAACUACAAGCUACUACCUAAGUGGAGGAAAAUCACCUUGGGAGGGUAAACUGGAAGAAGAGAGCGAUAAUAUCACAGCAGAAGAUACGGAUGAGGAGUGGAAGACGAGUCAUAUUACCAAGACCAAAGAAAUGAACUGUGAUUUGUACCCUGGCAUUCAGUUACACUGCAGCCCUGCUGUGCCCCUGGACGCCCUGCAGAGCGAGCGUCUCAAACCACCGACCCGCCGUGCUGCCCGAGAGCUUGUAGAAGUCUUGGUUGAACACGUGGAGUCACCUGGACAUUUCUACAUCCGCUUUAGUGGGAGUGAGGAAGCCCAAGCUAUGGAGCAGAUGAUGAUGGAGAUGAGGCGAUGUUACAACUGUCGUGAUGUGUCGGAGCGCUACCGCUUACCUGAACAGUUUGUCCGACGGGGUCAGGUCUGCUGCAUAUCACCCACAGGAAUGUGGGUCUACCGGGUGGUGAUCCAUCAAGUCAUCAGCCCCACACAGGUUGAGGUGUACUAUGUGGACUUUGGAGUCAUGACAGUAGUGCAGAGCGCCAAUCUCAAAUUCCUCAAGUCAGCUUAUUCAGUUCUUCCAGCACAAGCUGUUCCAUCAUCUCUUGCUGGAAUUAAACCCACCACUGGAAGCUGGACUGUUGAGGCCACAGCUUCUUUCCGGAAACUGUGCUCUGAUCGCACCCUGGUGGGUGCUCUGGAUUGUUACACUGGAGAUGUGCUGCAGCUCUACCUGUGUGACACAAAUACUGAUAAUGACAUCUAUAGCCACCAUGUUCUGCUGAGCCAAGGCCAUGGGAAAGCCUGUAGCCCUGUGGACACCGCAGCAUUGUGUGUCCAGAUCACGCCAGUAAGUCUCUACUUGGGAACGGGAAUGAUUGACCUGCCAGAGGUAGAAAUGGAGGCGAUUUCAUCCCCCACGCCCGCGGACAACCUUCAACAGUCCAUUUUGGCCACGCUGAAGGUUGAAGAGGAUGAACUGCCUGCACUGGAGUGCAUCAGUGAAAAUGAGGUCAUCCCCCACGUCCAGGGUGAAGGGGACAACCCGUUCAGAGCUCUGUUCAAUGUCCAAACCCCCAAAAGUAAUGAAGUAGCCUGUGGGUCGACCAAUGAACAUCCUCCUACCAGUUCCCCGUGUUCCAACACCAGCCCUCUCGCUCCUCCAGAUCUGAUUGAGAUGACCUGGGCUCACUGUAAAGCUGAUGUUGAAACAGUGAGCGUGACUGCUCCACCAACUCCAUCCAGCAGUAAUUCCAGCCACUGCUGUCCGACACCAGAGCCAGUACAGCAGCAGCCCUAUGUCACUACCCCUCCAAUGGUCGAACCAUCUCUGAUCCUGAGGACGCUGAACCUCCAUACUCCUGACCUGGCCCCGACCCAGGACUGCUUUCCAGGUGUGCCUGCUGCUCCCAUCUACUGGCGUCACUCUGGCUUUCGGUCUCCUUUCUUUGGGUUCAGGUAGGCCAUGCCUCCUACAGCUGCUCCAAAACUACUGUCAGACCAACUGCAUGAAGGACUUGUAACAAAAACGGAGUGUUUAUUCUUGAAGAAAUACAUUUAUUAUCAUUUAUUUUUUCAGUAUUUGAAAAUGCAGUUUAAAAGUCAUUUUGUUUGCAAUGACCUGAGUUCUGUACAGACUUUAUAUGUAUUUUAAAGUAGAUCUGUUAAACUCUUUUGUUCGACUCUGUUUCAAAGUUUGAUGUUGGUGUAAUUGUAGCACUUUUCUAACAGACUAAAUUACAGGAAAUGGUUAAUUGUGAAUAAUAUUGCAAAGGCUUCUUAUUUUAAAAAUGUUUUAUUAUUUUCUCAAAAGCCAUCAAGAUGUUAGAUGUGAAAAACAGUUUCAUUUCCUUAUACUCAAUUAUAUUGCUGUUUUGAACAGGUUUACCAUUUCAGAUACUGUUAUACUGAACAAAAAUGAUAACAUGUAAGUCAUGACAAAUGCAGUUUUAUUUUGGAUAAUAAAUCUGAUUUGAUUUCA